AUGUAAGGAACAUUAAUCAUUAGGCCAUUUAAGGCUAACUUAAGAAAAGAUACUGAAAUAUUUGGAAAGAUGGUACUAUAUUAUAUAUGAACAAAAAUAUUAGGAUCCCUUUGUAAUUGUUAAAAUGGGAAAUUAAAAUUAAAAUACAUCUGUCGCUAAUGAAGCUGGCAAAACUCCUGUUUGGAAUAAUGUUAUAACAUUCAGAAAAACGUAUGAAAACUUAAUUGAAUUUGAAGUUUGGGAUGUAAAUCUAUUAUUUUAUUCAGUACGAUUAAGGCUCAAAAAAUGAUUUAAUUGGUUAAGCUUCAUUCCCUAUUGCUUAAGUUGAACAGACAAGAUAAUUUUAAGGAGCCCUCCCUUUGAUGUAUAAAGGAAAAUCAUCUGGAGAAUUACACGUUAUAAUUGAAUUUAAUCCGGAUGGAUAGCCAUAAGGGUACCCUAAAUAACCCUAAUAAUUAGUUAUCCAUAAUAACCAGGAUAAUAAGGCUAUCCUCCCUAACCUGGUUAUCCUCCUUAACCUGGAUAUCCACCAUAAUAAGGUCAUCCUCCUUAACCUGGUUAUCCUCCAUAACAUGGUUAUGCUCCUUAACCAGGUUAUCCUCCUUAACCAGGUUAUCCUCCUUAACCUGGAUAUCCACCAUAAACAGGUUAUCCUCCUUAACCAGGUUAUCCUCUUUAACCUGGAUAUCCACCAUAGUAAGGUUACCCACAUUAACCUGGUUAUCCUGUUUAACCUGGAUAUCCACCAUAAUAGGUAACUGUAGUGUAACUUAAAUUUAAUCCAAAUUGCCAUGANUACAACCAUGUGUUAAAUUGCAUACACUCUAUAUUGGUAAUAAUAGAAUCAAGGUUUGGGAUGAGGUUGAUAAAUUGAAAGAUCUUCCCGAAAUUGCCAAUGUUCUUUUUGUAGGUAUUUCUCUAAUUUUUACAAAAAAGGAAAUCCUAUCUAUGAAAACUAGAAAGAUGAUCCUAAAUUGCUUGUUCUUAAAAGAAUAAACACCUUAAAAAAUGUAGAUGGUACUGUUGUUGAUGAUUCAUUAAUGGAAAAAGUUAAAGCUUUGGGAGAUGGAGUCCCUACAACCACUGUCAAAUGACAAUUAUUAAUUAUAUUAAUAAUAUAAUUAUUAAC